AAUUUCCUGAAGUUCAUAAAUAAUAAAAUUCAAAAACCCAAAAUAUCAAUAUUUCAAGAUUCUAAAAUGGAUUAAUAAAAAAUAUCAGUUUACCACUUUCAAGCAUUUUAUAUCUUAAUAUUUGGCGUGACCCGACCCAAAGUCUUCUCGUGACUCAUCAAUAGGUCGUGACCCACUCUUCGCUAAUCUCUGUAAUAGCAAAACUAAGAUAGAAAAAUUGUGAAAUGUAACCCGAUGUUUCUUUCUUACACCAUCUAGCGCCCGUUCGUGCGUUUCAUGGGUUUGCAGCUGCGCAGGUGUAUCGCAGGCACCUUCUCAUUAACAUCUUGGCCAAAAAGCCAGUCACGCCAGCACAAGGAUCUGGUACGGUCAAGUCAUCCUAUUGAUCCUCAUUCGCUAAUACGUUCUGACCCUUCGAUAAGCUGUUUGAUAUUGGAUAUCGUUUCGUUGUAAUCUGAGGUACAAAGGAGGUGAUCGUUGAACAGGACGAUGCAAUGGGCGAGGGCAAAAGCGACCGUUCCAGCAAAAGGUGCGAAAAUAAAAAUUGGCAGCGAUGGGAUUCGAACCCAUGCCUCCGAAGAGACUGGUGCCUUAAACCAGCGCCUUAGACCGCUCGGCCACGCUACCGAUAUUUCACUUCCCCUCACAUGGCAAAGGUCCUCCCAGAGAGCCAAGAAGUCAUCCUCGGACACCGAGCUAGCGCAGGGUAAAAACAAAGGGCGAAAGAGCAAAUCAAAGGAAAAAUGGCCCCUGCUUGAAGGACUGACAGUCGAUGAAUUGGUUCGUUAUCGAAGAAGACGCGUCGAAGGACAACCCAGGGACAACCUUGGAGUUCAUCCCGAAGUGGAAGACAAAGAUCUUGUUUCCGAAUAUGGUGAGGCGUUCCGGACCAAGGGCGAGGAACUAUUGAAGGAAAAUAUCUGGUUGGAAAGAAGCGAACGACACGAGGAUCCUCGAUUUAAGGAUUUAACGGAAGGUGCUGACACUUCGGAUCAAGAAGAUAUUAAUGAAGAAGAAAAUAUCGAGCUUCCAAACGAGAUUAAGAAUACGGAGACUGUUGAGGACAACGACAAAACCAUGGAGACUGAUAAUGCGAAUUCGAAAAUUUUAUGUCAUCGACCGCCUUUGAUCAGAAGGGGAACUACUCUGAAACGGAAUGGAGAAUUCUACCCGAAUACAGAAACGUAUUCGUCGUACGUAGCUUACGAGGGACAACAUAGACCCGAACUCGCUCGUAGACCUACAUCGUUAAAGAUGGAAGGUGAUUUGGAUACGAUGACCGAGAAGUGUGAAAAGUUUAUUCAGUGGUUGAACGUCAGCCGACCUGAACUUAUGCGUGUACCGACACACCUGAAACUUGAAGGGGAUUUUGAAAGUUCGACGGAGAAUCAUGAAAAAUAUGUGCCGUUUGUGGGCGUAAGAAGACCAGAAUUAUUGAGACGGAAUACGAACUUGAAACUGGAAGGAGAAUUUAAUUUCGUGCAGGAAUAUGCUGAUGAAUUUAAAAGACACGAUAACAGAGAACGUUUGCCAUCGAUUAAACCCGAAAGUCAUUUGAAGACCGGGAAAAAUCUUUUUCAAUCAGCUGAAAAAGAAAAAUCUACAAAUUCUAAUGUUAAAGAAUUGAAAUUGUCGAGCGAGUCCAACAAACACGCCGAAGAAGAAGAAAAGAAGCAGAAGGAAUUAAAUGGGAAACAAAAAAAAGAAAUGGAAAUGAAUAUGUUGAUCUCGAAGUUGGAAGAUUUGAAGUGUCAACCGCUUGAAAUUCCAGAAUAUAAAGAUGCAUACAAGGAUUUUCCUAGGGAGAGACCUAAGAUCGUAAAACCUGAGGACGAAAUAGGACGAGCAGACGGCUCGAAAGUAUCUUCGUCGCCUACACACAAAUUUUCAGGGAAAAUCGACCAAGACCCAGAAUAUAAAUCAAAAUACUUGGAUUAUCAACGAGAUUAUCCCGUGUACCGGAAACCACCGCCAACAACGAGGUCAACGUUGAGUCAUCCAGAAUAUAGUCCUCGUUUUGGUAAACUAGGCUCUAAACGGCAAGAUUAUGAGCUUACCAGCGAGGUACAAUCUCAAUACAUUCCUUACGGUCAUAUACCCAGGGUUGAAACUUUCAAGAUGCCGGCAAAUUUGCGCUUAGAAGGGAACAUCAAUCUUGAACCAGAAUACAGAACAGCUUAUUGCACGAAACGUGAAAAUUUGUUGUGCACAGAACCAAGAAUGCAUCGCAGACGAGACCGUAGUCUAAGUGCUUCCAGACGAAGGGAAAAUUAUUGGAUAAAUAGUAAUAUAGAACAAUUUGGUUAUAAAAACGCGGCACAAGAUCAAGACGCGUUUCAAAUAGUGAAUACUCGACUACAUGAAGAUACCAUAUGUGAAAAACCGCCACCACCGCCAACCAGUCGAAGAGGCUCAAGAUCUUCACAAACCCAAAACCAAAGACCAAUGCAAUUAGAAAACAUAGAGUGUAACACAAAGGACCGAUCAGCCAGCCCAACUUACCGACUUCACGUCUGUAACGUUGACGACGAACAUGGAGGUUUUCGACGAAAACGGUCACCACCACUUCAGUCUUCCGGAAGGAUACAGAAUCCUUCCCCUACCCAUGUGCUUCAAAAUGAUACUAUCAGACCAUAUUCUCCUAGUUUUGGAAAAGCUACUAAGCAACAUAGUAACGAUCAAUCAUUUGUUAUUUUGGAUAAUCGAAUCUUUGACUCUAAUAAAAAUGAAAUUCGCAGAAGACGAACAGAUAGAAAUUACAAUAUUGAUGGUACACUUUCUCGUUCUAAAGGAAGGACUAGAAUUUCAACAAAUUGGAUGCCACCUUGGUACGAUAGUACAAAUACUAUUUAAAGUAUUUUAAGCAAUUUUGGUUGGCAAUGUAUAAGAACCAGCUUCAUAGUUUAUAAUAUUAAUUCAAAACAAUAAAAUUUCUGUAUAAACAACAUUUUUGUUAUCAUUCAUAACUUUUUAUAGAAAAUAUGUGAUUUAUAUGUAUUGUCAAAGAUGAAGUUAUCAAAUAUGGAUAGACUGUCAUUGGAGUAAUAAUAAAUAAUACUGCUAACUUGUAUCACAUAGUUAAAUAACAAACUAUUUCAUACAUAAAACUGUACAACUGUAUAUCAAACUAAUAAAGUACUUAAUAAAGUACUUAUAUAUCCUAGCAGACAAUAUAUGAGAUAUUCUAUCUUUUUCAGCCACAUUUCAUUUGCAACUGCUCAUUGAGGUUAAGAUACACUUUUCAUUUUAUAUUGAAUAAGAUUUAUGAAAAAUCAUUCUGAUCAUAGUAUAUUGAAUUACUAUAAAAUAUAUUUGA